GCUUCCAACCAUCCGAGUCCCUCGUUUUGUCCGUCAUUUCGACCUCGACCUCGACCGCUUUCACUCCCGCAUCAAUUAUUCGACAUGUCUACUAUUUCAUCUACUUUGGCAUUUCUCAUGUCUUAACUGCCACAAACACACGCUUAGUUCUUUUGCCUGAGACCCUUCUGCCGACCCAUACGCUCAUUUUCCGUCUUUUGUGGCCCGCCUUGAUAUAAUACCGGGCCUUUACCCCCAAGACGUUGCUGGCUAUUCCUCGACAUUUUCUAGACCUUGGCCAUGGCCACUGGUAACCAGAUCCCGGAUAUGAUGCCCGUUCACUACUGGCCCCAUCCAACACACUCGGCGCCGCUCCGACAAAGCCAGGGCAACUACGGCACCGCGUUACCACAUCGAUCGACUCCGACGCCGCAAUGCCCUGGUGGCGAUGGGGCAUCUGGGAUGCUUGACCCGACCUCGUCUGGAAUGCGGAGGCACAGUCUAGCCACAACAGCGCCACCACCUGCGCGCACCACCAAGUCGAUCGAGAACACACCAGGAGGAGUAGAUGAGCCUUCCGGUGGGCCACAUAACGGGGAGGAAGACACCCACGCCCUCGGCGCUGGGUCUCCGACAGCCACCGCCGCCGCCUCUACCUCCCAGAAACCGAUUCGCCGCCGUAUGCGCAUGAUUACCUCCUGUCUCGAGUGCCGACGGCGCAAGCUCAAGUGCGAAAAGAAGCAUCCGUGUCAUAACUGCAGAAGGUUUCAGAGGGAAUGUGUCUACCUGGGCCCCAACCUCGAUGAGGCCAGUCAGCAGCGCUUGACCGAAAUCAAGGAAAAGGUUGGCUCACUUGAAAGACAGUUAGAACGUGAUGUGGCCAAGGGAGCAACCGCCCGCCGUGGCGGAAGUGGUAGCCCCGGCGACGCCACCGAUCCCUAUAACCAGCGGUUUGUGGCAGACGAUGUCGAGGACGACCUCGGCGAGGACCGCGAGCUGCAGAUUACCCCGAUGGUAGCUCUCGACCUCACCUACGAAGACUAUUCCGACGGCAACGGAACCGACGAUCUCAUUGACCUCGGAAUCCGGGUUGGGAAGAUGAGGAUAACAGAGCGAAUUGGUGGGCUAAACAGGCCGCGCAUAUCGGAAGAGAUCCAAGCCGGCAUAGCCGAUACCCAGAACCAUAUUUACGGUGCUCAGAGCGGCUUUGUGCCCGGUGGUGGACUGCAAGACGCCUCAGACCUCCCGGACUUUCUCAAGCCUGGGGAUUCGUAUCUGGCUCCGACCAGUGGCUUCUUUUUUGGCCAGUUUGCUGAGUCGCCGACCCUGCUUAGCCUGCUGCCGCCGAUUGAGUUGGGCCACCGGUUGAUGCGCCGCUACCUCGAUGCCGUUCAUCCCAUCGCACGAUGUGUCCACCUGACCUCCUUUGAAGGAAUGUAUACGUCGUUCUGGGAGGAAGUUAGGCAGGGAAUCGAGCCUCGUACCUCGGUACAGGCGGUUGUGUUUGCGGCCUGGUUUAGCGCUGCUGUUAGUGUGGACGACAGCUUCUGUCGGGACCAUGACUGCAGCAAAGCCCAGCUAGUACUGCACAUGAAGAUCGGGACCGAGACCGCGCUGAGCAAGGCUAACUUCCUGAGCACGACGAGGUUCGAGACUCUGCAGGCCUUCGUCAUGUACUUGCUUCCACUCUGCCGAGACGAGGUUUCUAGGGCUCAUUCGGUUCUAGUCGGCGCCGCUGUCCGAGUGGCCGAAUGCAUGGGUCUUCACCGUGAUGGCUCGGCAUACGGUCUCACCACUCUGGAAACCCAAGUUAGGCGACUAGUUUGGCACCAGCUGUGUUUUCUUGAUGUCCGCACAUGCGAGGCCCAGGGGCCAAAGCCGGCCAUACGGCGCGAGGACUACGACACCAAAAUGCCCUUUAACUGCGAAGAGAACGAACUAACGCCGCAGGCAACAGUUCGGCCGGUGCCGGCAGAAACGUGGACCUCAAUGCUCUUACCGAUUAUGCGCUUCGAGAUCAACGAGAUGAUGCGCAACAUCUGGACGGACCGGCGCAAGCUGGAAAUCCGAAAGACGACGCUGACUGCCAUGCUCACCAGGGUUGAGAACUUCCGGAAGCGGAUGCUAGAGAAGUACAGCCGGCAGCUUGACGACCGGGUACCAAUACAAAUGUACGCCAGGCUUGUCAUGGAGCUGCUCAUCUUUCGGCUUCAUGUCAUGGUGCUGCACCCCUAUCACUCUAACACGGCAGAUCCUUUACCCGAGAAGCUGAGCGGCUUGUUGGUCACCAGCGGUGUCAUGAUCAUCGAGAUUGCCAUCCGCCUGGAGUCGAAUCCCAUGUUCCGAGAUUGGUCAUGGUAUUUGGGUGCCUAUCAACAAUAUCAGAUCGCCCUACUGCUUGCGACCGAAGUAUUCUACCGGCCCAACCACCGAGUGGCUGAACGCAUAUGGCCCUGCCUCGACUGGGUUUUCCAGCUUGACCCAAACGUGCCGCGGGAUCAAAAGAGUCUGCAAAUACUGACCGAGAUCAUGAGCAAGACGAACCUCUACAUGAACCUCCGCAAAGUCCGCGCGCCCACGACCAUCAACCAGGCAGUGCCUGGAAAGCAGGCCGUCAAGGAAUCCCCGCCGCCACCGUCGCUCCCGGACCAGCUGCCUCUUCAAGGCCAAUCUCAAGGGCAACCAUACCCAUCCACCUCGCCGCUCCAUCAUGCAGCAGCCGGGACUGUUUCGAUACUCAAGACAGAACACAUCCCUUGUGCUUCCUUGCCGUCGUCUCUGUCCGGGCCCAUGAACAACACCCUUGCCCCCAAUGCCCUGCCGCCUGCUUCGUUUCCCAUGGGCAUGAUGAUUUCGCCUCAGCCACAGCCCCAGAACCAGCGCCAACACCAAUAUCAACAUCAGCAUCAACAUCAACAUCAGAAUCAACAACACCAAUAUCAGCAGCAUCAGCAGCAUCAGCAGCAUCAGCCGCUCGGCUUUCCGCCCGCCCAUCAUCAACACAUGGUAUUCACGGGCGUGACGAACGGCGAGGCCCUCUGGGGCUUGCCGCCGCAGAAUCCCGGCCCGGGGAGCCCCGAGAACAGUAGCGACGGCGGGAGCGUGGCCGGCCAGUCGCAGCGACACGGAAGCAUAGCCGGGCCAUCGGGACAGCCGCCGGUGAUUAAUGUGAUGCAGGAGCUUGAUUGGGAGGCUCUCCAUGAACUGUUCCCGACGGAUCCGCAGACGGGCCAGUUGAGUUUCAAUUCGUUUCUUGACAAUGGGAUGGGCCCGUGGUAGAGAUGAUGUGUUUUUGGGUUAAGGGUUGUCUAAUGGUGCCCCGUAUGGGUGCUCGUGUGUUUGGUGGAGUUGAAUAGGGCAUUUUGAAAAGAACGUCUUGGUAGGUAGCGGGACGCAAGUGUUUGUUGUGUGUGUUAUAUGGGCUUGCGUAUUUGGCAUUGAGAUAUAGAGCGUUAAUUGACAUUUGGCUGAGACCAAUGACUCCGGUCUUCGCAGGAGGGCAGGUAGGGCUCUAUUGUGAUCUGAUUAGUAAAGAUAUGUGAAAUUGCGUCCAGCUCUGCCGAUUAUUUGCAAGCUUAAGUCUCGAU